AGAGCACAAUCCCAGUGGCCUGGAACAAUAGCACAAAAGCUGAUUGAUAUUGUUUGAUUAUUAAUUUGUCUUGAUCCUAAACAAAGUGAUGUUCAUGUUGAAUCCCAUUAACGCUUUUGAAUUCAUCACUCGCACUAAAAAAUCCCAUUAUAAAUAGUCGUGAAUCAUGGCACCAAAUAAAAGCAUUGAAUUUUGCAUUUGCAUUUUACAGAGUUUUCUGUUUUAAGGCGUGAUGGGUUUUAAUGCAAAUGGGUUUUGUGUCGGAUUCACGUUUCAGUGAGCCAAUUUGUGUCAAUAUCGUUCUGCGUACCACGUCUGAUUAUGCUCUUCUUCUCUCUCUCUCUUCUCCUUCAUGAGCUUUCUUCUUUAUGCUGACAGGUGGGGGGGGCAUAUAUUCUUAUUGAUGUUGAUGUGCAGCCUUUGCUUGCAGCUCUGACCAAGUUCAAGUUCAAGUUCACGUUACCUUCUUUGAUAUUAGACUUCAACUUCUUUGAGCUUGUUACAGAGGGAGAGCCCAUGGUUUAAGGCCUCGUUCCCCUGUGAAUGUUUUCCAUUUAGUUUUUCAGGGAGAGAUAAGAACGACCUUUAGUUUUUCAAGGAGUGCUAAGAAAGACCAUGAAUGCGUUAGUAGCAACCAACAGAAACUUUAAGCUGGCAGCAAGGCUGCUGGGAUUAGACUCUAAGCUUGAGAAAAGUUUGCUCAUUCCUUUCAGAGAGAUCAAGGUUGAGUGUACCAUACCCAAAGACGAUGGCACAUUGGCUUCUUUUGUUGGGUUCAGGGUUCAACAUGACAAUGCUAGGGGACCCAUGAAAGGAGGAAUCAGAUAUCAUCCAGAGGUUGACCCAGAUGAAGUGAAUGCUUUAGCACAACUCAUGACAUGGAAGACAGCAGUCGCGAAUAUCCCAUACGGUGGUGCUAAAGGUGGGAUAGGAUGUAAUCCUAGUGAAUUGAGUGUAUCUGAGUUAGAACGACUCACUAGGGUCUUCACCCAAAAGAUUCAUGAUCUGAUUGGAAUUCAUACAGAUGUUCCAGCUCCUGAUAUGGGAACAGGUCCUCAGACUAUGGCAUGGAUACUGGAUGAAUAUUCUAAAUUUCACGGCCAUUCUCCCGCAGUUGUGACUGGAAAACCUAUUGAUCUUGGUGGAUCUCUAGGCAGAGAUGCGGCAACAGGACGAGGAGUGCUCUUUGCUACGGAGGCCCUGCUAAAUGAGCAUGGAAAGACCAUUGCUGGACAACGAUUUGCUAUACAGGGUUUUGGAAAUGUGGGUUCCUGGGCUGCUCAGCUAAUCAGUGAAAAAGGCGGAAAAAUUAUCGCAGUAAGUGAUGUCACUGGAGCCAUCAAGAAUACCAAUGGUAUAGAUAUUCCAAGCUUACUCAGGCAUGCCAAGGAACACCGUGGUGUCAAAGGAUUCCAUGGUGGAGAUCUGAUACAUCCUAACUCAAUAUUGGUUGAGGACUGUGACGUUCUGAUCCCAGCAGCCCUUGGGGGUGUUAUUAAUAGGGACAAUGCGAGCGACAUUAAAGCCAAAUUUAUUAUUGAAGCUGCUAACCAUCCAACCGAUCCAGAGGCUGAUGAGAUCUUGUCAAAGAAAGGCGUUAUUAUACUUCCAGAUAUAUAUGCAAACUCUGGAGGGGUUACCGUUAGUUACUUUGAAUGGGUGCAGUUUUGUGGAAUGCAGAACAUCCAAGGGUUCAUGUGGGAUGAGGAGAAAGUAAACCAUGAACUUAAGACUUACAUGACAAGAGGGUUCAAAGGUGUCAAGGAGAUGUGCCAAACCCACAAUUGCGAUCUACGUAUGGGAGCCUUCACCCUUGGAGUUAACCGUGUUGCACGAGCCACUGUUCUUAGGGGUUGGGAAGCGUAAGAAAGAGGAAGAGUUAGCUUGAAUAAAAAUUUUAGGCUUUGAAUAAGAGUUCUUAUUCUUGGUUCCCCUGCAAAUGUGAACUGUUGACCGAGGUUUUGCUAUUAUGUCUUCCUUAGUGUCAAUAAAAUUGUGAGCUUCGCUAGUUCCCUGUAAUUAAUGGCUUGUCCAAUCUGAUGCAAAAUUGUUCUAUCAAAAGAUCCAAAAAUGGAAUGAAAGUUCUUUAUGCUUGUAUGCAGCUUAAUGAUA